AGUUCCUUCCCGACAGAGUUUACAGCAUAUAUUGGUGGAUUCUUGUCCCAGUGCAUCUGCUUUAAGAAUUAAAGGAAGCAGUGUCAAGAAAUCAAGGAUUCAAGGCAUUUGCUGAAAAUGAAGCUAGGUGCAUUUACUCUCGUCUUGGCAUUAAUUAGUGGUGCCAGUGGCCAGUACUAUGAUUAUGAUUUCCCUUUAUCCAUUUAUGGGCAAUCAUCACCAAAUUGUGCACCAGAGUGUAACUGCCCUGAAAGCUACCCAACCGCCAUGUACUGCGAUGAGCUGAAACUGAAAAGUGUGCCCAUGGUGCCCCCUGGAAUCAAGUAUCUUUACCUUAGGAAUAACCAGAUUGACCAUAUCGAUGAAAAGGCCUUUGAAAACGUAACUGAUCUGCAGUGGCUCAUUCUAGAUCACAACCUUCUGGAAAACUCCAAGAUAAAAGGAAAAGUGUUCUCUAAACUGAAACAGUUGAAGAAGCUGCAUAUCAACUACAACAAUCUGACAGAGUCUGUGGGCCCACUCCCCAAAUCACUCGAGGAUCUGCAGCUUACUCAUAACAAGAUCUCUAAACUUGGCUCCUUUGAGGGACUGGUAAACUUGACCUUCAUCCACCUCCAACACAAUCAGCUCAAAGAGGAUGCCAUCUCAGCAGCCUUAAAAGGUCUCAAGUCACUUGAGUACCUAGACUUGAGCUUCAAUCAGAUGACCAAACUGCCUUCUGGUCUCCCAGUAUCUCUUCUAACACUCUACCUAGACAGCAACAAGAUCAACAACAUCCCUGAUGAGUAUUUCAAGCGUUUUAAUGGGCUGCAGUAUCUACGUUUAUCUCACAAUGAGCUGGCUGAUAGUGGAGUACCUGGAAAUUCUUUUAAUAUAUCAUCUCUGGUGGAGCUGGAUCUCUCUUAUAAUAAACUUAAGAGCAUACCCACAGUUAAUGAAAAUCUUGAAAACUAUUACCUGGAGGUCAAUGAACUUGAAAAGUUUGAAGUAAAAAGCUUCUGUAAGAUUCUGGGGCCAUUGUCCUACUCCAAGAUCAAGCAUCUGCGUUUAGAUGGCAAUCGUCUCACCCACACCAAUCUGCCACCUGAUAUGUAUGAAUGUCUACGUGUAGCAAAUGAAAUCACUGUCAAUUAAUACCUUCUAA